UCUCUCUCACAGACACACAAGAGACAAAAACUCAAAAAACAGAAAAAAAAUGGCAGAGGCUAAUUCGUAUGCAGCUCUUACCAAAGCUUUCUCAGGACUCGGUGUGGAUGAGAACUUAUUCAUCUCAACACUGGGGAAAUGGAAUCGGCAUCAGAGGGAAUCGUACAGGGUAAGCACUCCUGGAUUCUUCAGAGAAGACGAACGACAGUUCCAGAGAUGGGAUGAUCAACAUAUCCUCCAGCUUCGCCAAGAAUUUUUGCGUCUUAAGGAUGCAGUGGUGUUGUACACAAUGCACCCAUGGGAAAGAGAUGCUCGUUUGUUCAAGGAAGCGUUAUUAUUGCAAGUACCUAAACAUGAUGUUCUCAUUGAGAUUGCUUGCACUCGAUCCUCUGAAGAUCUUCUGGGAGCCAGAAAAGCUUACCAUUCCCUUUUUGAACACUCAAUUGAGGAAGACAUUGCCUUCCAUAUUCGAACACCCGAAAGAAAGCUUCUAGUUGCUCUUGUAAGUUCCUACCGUUAUGAAGGUCCCCGAGUAAGCGAUGAUCUUGCAAAAUCUGAGGCUAAGAUAUUUGUAAAUGCAAUAAAAAAUGCUAACAAGAAGAAGCUGAUUGAUGAGGAUGAAGAGAUUGUGAGGAUCCUUUCGACAAGAAGCAAGCUCCAUCUUAAGGCCAUCUAUAGCCAUUACAAGGAAAUCACUGGCAACUUCUUGGACGAGGAUCUUGAAGGUGACUUGACCAUGAAACAAGUUGUUCAAUGCCUUUGUGUACCUAAAGCAUACUUCAGCAAGAUUUUGAUCGCGUCCCUAAGAUUGGAUGUGGAUGAAUCUGCUAAAGACUCAGUGACCCGAGUCAUAGUUACAAGAGCAGAUGAUGAUGAUAUGAAGCAAAUCAAAGAAGAAUUUCAGAGCAAAUAUGGAACUACCUUGGCAGCAAAGAUUGCAGAAGUUGCUAAUGGAAGCUACAAAGAUUUCUUGCUUACUAUAAUUGCAAAAUCUGACUAAUUAUUUGGCCUAGAUUUUGGCAUAUCCAAAGUUGCAUAAGUUGUUUCCAUUUGAUCUUCUUUUGCUCAAUUUAUGUAUGAUUUCAAUGUUCCCAUUUCAAAAGAGCAAUUUCAAUAUCAUAGUUUUCAGCUUCUUGAUUCAA